AUGGUGCACGUUUCUUCCUUUUCCCUUUCUCUCUCCACUGCAUCUCGCCUGUUUUCCUUAUCAAUGUCUGACAAUUCGGUUCCUUCUAAGAUGUCCUGGCUUCUCGAGCCCGAUGCCAUGCAAAGAUUCCUGUCCCGCCUGGGUGAGGCUCUCAUAAAACGCCUGAUAUCCAGCAGAGAGAAGCUCAACAGGUACACUGAACUUGUUUUACUCGCAGUGAUCUGUGGCGAUCACUUCGUUGCUGGCUCCGAUCCUUGUGGCACCGGAAUCAAAUACUCUCAUGUACCGAAAUUCUGUCAAUUAGCCAUUGUGAAGCUGGAGCACGAUGAGCAUGAUUGA